UGUAAUAAAUCCACCGUUCGAUUGGAAGCAUUAUGGUCGCAACGGCUACUUUCUGUCUACUUUACACAAUAAACUGGUCGUCUUCCUUGCUCCGCAGCUUCAAAACCAGCAAAUCAGUCGACGGCGUCCCAAAGCAGCAUUACGAUAGGAAAAUGGGCUGGGAAGACGGCGGGCCGGGGGUGGGAAUGGCGAUGGCGGUGGCGGUGGAGUAUCUGGGGGACUCCAUAUCCAGCGAGCUUCUCUGCAAGUUCCCGGACAAUUCGGCCUUCGACUUCGACUACUCCCAGAGCUCCAUCUGGUCGCCAUUGCUCCCUCAUCCCCCUCCCUCUUCUUCCGAUCACCUUCUGACCGCAAGAGUGUUAUCGUUCGACGAGGCUGAGGAAGACGACCGCCGGCGUAUGCUCGUUGCCGCCGUGAAGCAAGUCUCCGCCAAUAUCAAGAACAAAAUAGCCGCCGCUCUCUUCGGCAACAGUCGAACUAUGAAGCUGAGGAACAAGCAUGGCAAGAAGAAGAUGAAGAAGGCGGCUGCAUCUGGGUUCUCGCCGUCGCCUGUGUCCGGCAAGGAGAAUGCUCCGACCCCAUCAAAGGGAUGGAGUAAGAUUCUGAGAGUUGCCUCAAAACGUUUCAAGAAGGCGAACAGGAAGAAAGGUCCAACCUCUCAUCUCUGGCUUUCCAAUUGCUUGAUGGAUGGUCAUGUUUGAUGUACUAUUUCUCAUUACUGUACCGGGGCAUACAAUUCAAAUCAUGUAGUAUGAUUUUAUUUUUCCAUAGCCAGUAAAUCAUGUGGGUUUCUGUCUACAGCUCGUCCCAAAUCCGAAUGAAAAGAAGAGAGGUGGUUUUUAGGUAGAUGACUGGAGAAACUAGAAUUCGAAUAGUCAUCCCGCUUUGUCAAUAAAACAUCAUAAAUUCUAGAUGACCAGCAAACUAGAAAGCAUGCAAUAGUCAACCCCACUUCACGAAAGCAAACAUAAAUGGUAUACUUAAGAGUUCAAGUACCCAGUUGCAUAUAACGGAGUAAAAGCUUGGUAUGUUGAUAUGUUGUCCGUCAGUUUGGUGUAGUAAUUGGCUUCAUUUUAGUGUAUGAUCUGCCAAUUCCUU